UGUUCCGGCUGAGAGUUGCUCCCUGGGAAUCCGGUGGGGCUGGGCAAGAGGAGAUCCCGCGACUUAGAUCCUGCUCAGAGGCGGGAAGGAGAUUCUGAGAUUCCCGGAAGACUGGAAGGAUCUUUGGAGAGCCAGCGGUGCCAGUGGCUGGAAGAUCCCUUCUGAGCCUGGCAGAGAAGAGGAGAAGCAGGAAGAGCUGCAGAGGGACCCCCAAGGAUAAAAGUCAAAUGGAGGUUUCCUGAGCAGGACAGGAAGAAAUCUUAAGUUGUGCCUUCAAGCUAGAAAAGAUGAAGUUGAACCCUUUCCUGUUUCCAUCCUGUCUCUCUCCUUCCCAGUGGACAAAAUGGAGUCACCGUUGUUCAUUGAAUCAUCUCCUUCUAUUGGUGGAGCUGAAAGAGCUGCUGGAUUCCUGAUUCAGGGUGCUGUGUCCUUUGGGGAGUUGGCCAUCCAUUUCAGCAGUGAAGAGUGGUUGCUGCUUGAUCCCAGGCAGGAAGCCCUGCAUGAAGAAGUCAUGUUGGAAACGUCUAGAUCGUGGCCUCUUUAGCAUUUGAGGCGCAGAAGAAGGAAAACAACCAAGAGCCAAAUUCAGUGCCAUUGCAAAUAAUCACAACUGAAAUUCCUUAUCUGUAGAGACAUCUACAAAUAAGCGGGAAAGGAAGAAACAUAAAAAGAAUCACAACUGGAGACAAAAAUCGAUUCUUGAAUGUGUGGAAAUGGAUCACUUCCUGACCCAACGUGAUUCCAAAGAAAAUACGGGGAAAUGUCAAAGUAGAAAAGGAUUCAAAGCAAACCCCAAUGCUAGUAAUCACUGCAAAUCUGGAAAAAGCUCGAGCAGUAAUAAUCUUAUUUCACAUAAAAAGAACCAGGCAAAGGGGAAGCCCUACAAUGAUGUAGACUGUGGAAAAAGCAUUGGAAGAAGCAGUAAUUUAAUUUCUCAUAAAAAGAUACAUAAAUGUGUGUAUUGUGGAAAACGUUUCAGUGUGAAGAGUUCCCUUACUUCCCAUAAAAGGGUACAUACUGAAGAAAAACCCUUUAGAUGCAUAGAAUGUGGGAAGGGCUUCAAAAGUAGAAUUUACCUGAUGUGUCAUAGAAGGAUCCAUUCAUGGGGAAGACCUUAUAAAUGUGUGGAUUGUGGGAAAAGUUUCAGUAUGAAGAGUUCCCUUACGUACCAUAAAAGGAUACAUACAGGAGAAAAACCCUAUAAAUGCAUGGAGUGUGGAAAGAGCUUCAGGGGAAGCAGUGUUCUUAAUUGUCAUCAACGGAUCCACACAGGAGAAAAGCCCUAUAAGUGCCUAGAAUGUGGGAAGGGCUUCAGCCAAAGCAGUACCCUUGUUUCCCAUAAACGGAUCCACACAGGAGAAAAACCCUAUAAAUGCAAGGAGUGUGGAAAGAGCUUCAGUGUAAAGAGUGCUCUUACUUCCCAUAAACGGAUCCACACAGGAGAAAAACCCUUUAAAUGCAAGGAGUGUGGAAAGAGUUUCAAAAGUAGUAUUUACCUGAUGUGCCAUGGAAGGAUCCAUUCACGGGAAAAACCUUAUAAAUGUGUGGAUUGUGGACAAAGGUUCAGCAUGCAGUGUUCCCUUACAUCCCAUAAAAGGACACAUACAGGAGAAAAGCCCUAUAAGUGCCUAGACUGUGGGAAGGGCUUCAGCCAAAGCGGUACCCUUGCUUCCCAUAGAAGGGUCCACACAGGAGAAAAACCGUAUACAUGCAUGGAGUGUGGAAGGAGCUUCGGUGCAAAGAGUGGUCUUACUUCUCAUAGAAGGAUCCACACAGGAGAAAAACCCUAUACAUGCAUGGAGUGUGGAAAGAGCUUCAGUGUAAAGAGCGCUCUUAUUUCUCAUGAACGGGUCCACACAGGAGAAAAACCCUAUAAAUGCCUUGACUGUGGGAAGGGCUUCAGCCGAAGCAGUAGCCUUACUUCUCAUAAACGGGUCCACACAGCAGAAAAACCCUAUAAAUGCAUAAAAUGUGGAAAGAGCUACAAAAACAGCAGUUACCUGAACCUCCAUAAACGGCUCCACACGGGAGAGAAACCAUAUACAUGCAUGGAGUGUGGAAAGAGCUUCACUAUAAAGACUUCUCUUACUUCUCACGAAAGGAUCCACACAGGAGAGAAACCCUAUAAAUGUAUGGAGUGUGGAAAGAGCUUCAGGGCAAGCAGUGCUCUCAAUUGUCAUCAACGGAUCCACACAGGAGAAAAACCCUUUAAAUGUAAGGAGUGUGGAAAGAGCUUCAGUGUAAACAGUUCUCUUACUUCUCAUAAACGUAUCCACACAGGAGAAAAACCCUAUAAAUGUAAGGAGUGUGGAAAGAGCUUCACUGUAAAGAGUGCUCUUACUUCUCAUAAACGGGUCCACACAGGAGAAAAACCCUUUAAAUGCAAACAGUGUGGGAAGAGCUUCACAUCUAGUAGUUACCUGAUAUGCCACAAAAGGAUCCAUACAGGAAGAAAACCUUACCAAUGUGUGGAUUGUGGACAAAGGUUCCGUGUGAAGGGUUCCUUUACUUCCCAUAGAAGGGUACAUACUGGAGAAAAACCCUUUAAAUGCAUAGAAUGUGGGAAGAGCUUUAAAAGUAGUAAUUACCUGAUGUGCCACAAAAGGAUCCAUUCGGGGGAAAAACCUUAUAAAUGUGUGAUUUGUGGACAACGUUUCACAACAAAGUGUUCCCUUACAGCCCAUGAAAAGAUACAUACAGAAGAAAGACCCUUUAAAUGCAUGGAGUGUGGAAAGAGCUUCAGGGGAAGCAGUUCUCUUAAUUGUCAUACACUGAUCCACACAGGAGAAAAACCCUAUAAAUGCCUAGACUGUGGGAAGGGCUUCACCCAAAGCAGUACCCUUGCUUCCCAUAAACGGGUCCACACAGGAGAAAAACCCUAUGAAUGCAUGGAGUGUGGAAAGAGCUUCAGUGUAAAGAGUGCUCUUACUUCUCAUAGACGGAUCCACACAGGAGAAAAACCCUAUAAAUGCCUAGACUGUGGGAAGGGCUUCAGGCAAAGCUGUGACCUUGCUACCCAUAAACGGGUCCACACAGGAGAAAAACCCUAUAAAUGCAUGGAGUGUGGAAACAGCUAUAAUACCAGCAGUGGACUAAAUCGCCAUAAAAUUGUCCACACGGGAGAGAAACCCUAUACAUGCAUGGAGUGUGGAAAGAGCUUCACUUGCAAGACUUCUCUUUCUUCUCAUGAGAGGAUCCACACAGGAGAGAAACCCUAUAAAUGUAGAGAGUGUGGGAAGAGCUUCCGCCGAGCCAAUCAACUUAGUUACCAUAACAAGAUCCAUACAGGAGAAAAACCUUAUAAGUGCACAGAUUGUGGAAAGACCUUUGCUGCCAGUAGGUCUCUGUCUUACCAUAAAAGGACCCACACAGGAGAGAAACCCUAUAAAUGCCUGGAAUGUGGGAACAGCUUCAGAUUUAACAGUAGCCUUUCUGUCCAUAAGAGGAUCCACAAAAGAGGGAAAUAGAAAUGUAUGGAAUGCGGAAGGAGUUUUUGUGAAAGAGAAUCCUUCUCAAGAAACAACCCAUGCUAUC